GUCAUCCAGGAGACGCAUUAUCGUCUCCCUUUUCUUUUCUGUGGUUGCCAGCAGCAGCACUGUGCUGCAUAAUCUCAUUUCUCUAGCUAUUUUUCUCCGCAAAGUAAUAGGUUGAAGAAACAUCGCAGCAACAACCAAUUUUUCUGGGGUUAAGCAUAAGAACAAGCAGAUCCAUGGCAUUAUCAGUCUCUGCUUCUGAAUCGAUAAGGUCAGUUCUGAAAGGUGAUUCCUCAAGCAACAUUGGCAAUGAAGAAUAUAAAGUUAUUCACUUAGCAGGACAUGGUAAAGAGAUGCCCACUGAUCAGAUCUACAAGAAAGCUUGGCUUAAAUUUCUGUGCAACCAUAAAGUUAAGUCAGUAAAGAAUUUUUUUCAUUUUAAAGGCAAACAACAAGAUUUAUAUUUGUUAACCCGGGAUGAUAUAAGAAUGCACAAGAGCAAAUAUGACUAUUUGCAUAUUGGACUUGUGCAAGCUCAUGUUGAACCAUGUCUAUUUAAUGAUGGUCAAUCUGAUCAAAGAAUCUUAGGGGCUGUUUGGCAACUUCUGAAUCGGUAAGUGCUGAACCAGUAAGAGGUCUGAACCAUUAAGUGCUGAACCAGUAAGACGUCUGAACCAUUAAGAGCUAGUAUAUUACUUAACUAUUCAGAGGCAAAUGUCUGAUCAAUUCAGAUAAGAGGUCUUAACCAUUCAGACUCUGUAUAAUACUUAAUCAUUCAGAGGCAAAUCUCUUAACCAUUCAGACAUCUGAACCAUUAAGAGGCUGAAACAAACAGUCUGAACCAUUAAGUGCUGAACCAUUCAGACAUCUGAACCAUUAAGAGGCUGAAACAAACAGCCCCUUAGUGUGCUUGCGGGAUGCAAAGCAUCUAGAUUUGAAAGAUUCAAUCUUAGCAGCCUUUGAGAUUGACUUAUGUGAUGGUGGUACAAAGUUCAAUUGGUUCCCAAAUUACUCGGCGUCUUUGUCUGAUCUAUCAACCACAAAUGGGUUGGUGAUUACUGCGCAGCCAUGUGGUUUUAUGAAUAUUGGAGAAAAUACAAUGUUUAAGAUUAGCUACCGAAUGUGUUAUAAACUGAUGAAGGGGUCUCUUGAGCCCGGGUUGCAAUGCGAAAAUCCUGUGUUGGAGGUGAAAACUGAAAGGGUGAAUGUUCUUGCACCAAAAACCAUUGGAAGGAAACAAAUGGAGCGAACUGGGCUCAAGCUCAGUGUAACUGAGCAGUAGUGGAAGCUCAUCCUUAUCUCUAUGUAUAAUCUGUUUCAAACCUUUCAUUAUGUACUUACUCUUUCUGGUUUUAGGGUUUGAAUUGUUUGGUGUUUAUCUAUGUUUUAGUGUGUUUGCUCUGUAAAUUGUUCUCAAUGAAUGCUAGCUCUUGAUGCAGAUUGUGGAAGUUAAACCUGGUCUAGUAGCCAUCUUGUUUUGGGAGUUCCAUUUUUACUAUGUUUUGGUAGUACCAUUCAUUAGUAUGGGAAGUCUUUAAUCUCGUUGCAAAAGCCGAAUCAGAAGUCCAAGUUUUAAAGAAAGAGAUCAAGUUUGG